CACAGGUUGGCAGCACUGUGCAGCAGCUGUCAAAGGCGAAGAAGAAGCAGAGUACUGACAGCAGGGCCGCAACAAAAUCGACGAGAAAACAUUUUACGAUGGGCAACGCUGUGAAUCACUAUCUGAGACCAGAUGUGACACCCGGUCCGGACGUGGUGCCCUCAUUCGACCCAAUGUUGGGAUUUGAGUCGCGCAAGGAGCGCGUCAUGAUCGCCACCCAGGAGGAGAUGGAAUCGGUGAAGCUGCCGCUCGAGGAUCGCGACUACUGUGCCCACAAGCUGAUCGCCUACCAGGCCUGCCGCUCCGACAAGUUCCCCUUCGUCUACCAAUGUGCGCACGAGAAGCACGAGUACUUGACCUGCGAAUACGAGGACUAUGUCCUCCGCAUGAAGGAGUUUGAGCGCGAGCGUCGACUGCUGGAGCGCCAGAAGCGCCUAAACAAGGCUGCCUAGGUCUGCACUUGGCCUUUGCUGUUAAUCCUUCACCCUCCAACACACCAAAACAAACAACCACGGCCCAGGCCACUAAGCUGCUGCUGCGUGCGGAGUGCAGGUUGCUGCAGCUGCCACUCCACACACACAACCACUGCCCGUUGCAGGCGAGCAUUUCCAGCUGGAAAUGUCAAUAAUAAACACCAUGCUAGUAAUAAUGUGGA